AUGCAUCAUCACCCACUAAUGGAAAUCUCAGAGAGCCCCGACCAUCUCUUGCUUCUCAAGCUAAGUCAAAGAGAAGAGGACCUUUUUGGCCAGUGCAUCGCUCUCAAACAAACUAGAUUGGACUCGAUAAAAAGAGAGCUUUUUCAACUGAGCUGUUUCUUCUUCAUCUUUCAUGGGUUUUUCUCUACCAUUUUGUUUACCUCUUCGGUUAACUCCCAAGAGGAGCAUAAACAGACUUACAAGAAAUGGUGGAUACCUGGUCUAUUAUCUGUCUCUACCUCGCUUGUUCUUGUGUUCUUCGUCCAGGUGAAACUUUGCAGGUAUUGGAAGGUGUCAAGGCAGUUGCAAUGGGAGAGAAACGAUGGGCGAUCACUCACGAGGUUCAUUCAGGAACUAAGGAUGAAAGGAGCUAGCUUUGAUUUGUCGAAGGAGCCACAGAGUGGGAAGAGGAUGAAAAGCUCAGGCGUGGAGAUAAAAUGGAAGUCGAUUAAUUGGUGUUGGCUUCAUGGGAAGAAGAAGAAGCUGAAGACGAAGGGAGGUUUUGCUUCUGUGGGGAAACUCACGGUGGAAUCGUCUUUGGCUCAGUGUGGGUCUAAGGAGGGAAGCUUCAAGAGUAGGGACGUGCCGUUGAGGGAAGGGAGGGGGAGGGAUGGAGGAACAAACUCUGCGCUUCGGUUUGUGGAGUGUUCGAGAGAAGAAACACAGAGAGGGAAAUUGAGGAGGGAGAUGCCACAAACGGUGUGGUUUUGGUUAAACGAAAUGGUGCAUUUUCAAUUUUCCACAUCAUCACCGUUUACACAUCGAUUGAAUGGGUCGACUGUAUCCAGCGUUUUUUAUAUUGGAAACCAUAGGCAAUAA